AUGCCAUCUCCGAUCGUAGCGAAUCACGAUCAUUUCGGUCGUUGGGUUCGGUUGGUUAGAGCAACCGCUCGUGCACAUCAUUGUGCUAAAAUAUUUCGGUCGCUUUUGAAAAAACCUCCAAAUUCAAAAUUAAAGAGUGCUGCCUCCAAGGUCUCCUUCAAAGUUUUGAAACCUCUUUCGGCCGCAGAAAUCUUGGAGGCCGAGAGGCACCUAUUUUUAUAUACUCAAUUGGAAUCAUUUAAACACGAAUUCUUGAGUCUUACCGAGGGUCUUCCCCCAACUAAUCAAGGGAGGCUUAGAGGUCUUGCGUUGAUGUUGGGAGAAGACGGUUUAAUCCGUUUAAAUGGAAGAAUUCGUGCUGUAUUAGAUGCUCCCGCGCAGGACAUUAACCCUAUUGUUUUAGACGGUCGACAUCCAAUUGUAAAACUCCUUCUCGAUCACUAUCAUCGGAAAUUUGGUCAUGGUAAUAUCGAGACCGUCGUUAACUUCCUGCGCGGCAAAUUUUAUAUAAUAGCUUUACGCCCAAGUGUCAGGUCUGUUGCCAAACAAUGCAGUUUAUGUAGGAUUAGGAAGCUUCUCCCAUCUACGCCUCAAUUUGGUGAUCUUCCUGAAGAUAGGUUAUCCCAUCAUCAGCGCGCGUUUUCCUUCUGCGGUCUUGAUUACUUCGGUCCAGUUGAAGUUGCCGUUGGGCGCAGACGAGAAAAACGCUGGGUAGCUCUAUUCACAUGCCUUACCAUCAGAGCCGUUCAUUUGGAGAUCGUAGGAAGCCUUUCCGCAGAUGCUGCUAUCAUGGCCCUAAGAAGAUUUAUUGCCCGUAGAGGAUGUCCAGCGAGAAUCAUCUCAGAUAACGGCACGGCUUUUGUCGGCGCAGCCAACCAACUCACAGACGUUUUCGACUUCGCGGCCAACCAUAAAAUAGAGUGGGUCUUCAUUUGUCCAGCGGCACCAUCAAUGGGAGGUGCGUGGGAACGCUUAGUGCGAUCAAUAAAGUCUGCGCUUUCCGUAACCCUGAAAGAACAAGCUCCAAGAGAGGAAGUAUUGAGUACCCUACUUCUGGAAGCGGAAGCAGUAGUCAAUUCUCGCCCGCUGACACACGUACCAGUAGAGCCGGAGACACUACAGGCCCUCACACCCUUCCAUUUUUUAUUGGGCACACCAUCAACCGAGUUGGUCCGUCCCCGCACCGAUGCAGAUCUUUGCCGUCGCUUAGACCACAGGAAGGUACUGCGGUUAGCGGAGCUGUUUUGGGCCAGAUGGCUUCAUGAAUACCUACCCACGUUGAUUCCACGAAAGGCCGGAUCGACGCAAGCCAAAUUCAAAGUGGGAGAUCCAGUUCUGGUGGCGGAUCCAAAUCUUCCGCGAGGACCCUGGCCCAAAGGCCGUAUUUCUAAGAUAUUCACCGGUCCUGAUGGAGUGGUCAGGGUGGUGGAGAUCCGGGGAAGCAUGGGGAUCUUGAAAAGACCAGUGCGCAAAGUGUUGCCCUUACUCCUAGAGCAGGGCACCCAAGAAAACUGCGCACAGUCGCCACUAUAG